CAAAUCAACCAUCCACCACAUCUUUUGCACACACUGCUGCCUACGCUCAGCGACAUGGCGCCAACCAAAGAGGAAGAAGAUCCAGUCAUCGCCGAGUACGAUGUCUUCCUCACGCCGGCACUGGAAGAGCAGAUUCUACUGCUGCAGUAUCCCAACCGACCGCGCAACCGACCCUACAACAGCCAAUAUGGUGCGACGCCCCACGACAUGCGCAUCAAGCCCAAAGCUGGGUUCGUCGAAGUUGACGUCAAGCUGAACACCAACCACAAUUUCAACAAGUACAUGGGUUUGAAGUGGGGAGAUGCAACGGCCACAUCGAAGCAGGUGCACAACGCCUCGGGCACAUAUGGCCCAGCUGCUGGACUCGCCCCGGCAAAAGCACGAAAUGCGAGGAGAGACGGCACAUUGAAGGAUACGGCGCAGCGGGAGCUGGACUUGGAGAACGACCUCCAUUCCUUUAGAGAGGCAGAAAGAGAGCACCGAGUACACGAGUCGCAGACACUCGGCGGACAGAUUAUCCGGCACGACGACGAGCUUGGAUUAGGCAAGCCUCACUACUUCGUGGGCGCCUUCAAAGAUGAGCGUCUCUUCCUCACCAAGAUCGACGGUACUGUACAGAUGCGACCCACCUUCCACCACCUCGAUGCUGAAGACGAGCGCACGCGACUCGCUGCAUCGCGUGCACAAGCAGAUGCCGCAGGCCCAAAGCAGGAACAGGGCGCUCAGAGUCUGCUGCAGAAGCUGAAGGAGAACAAGGAGCAGAAAGAAUUGAGCCUGGAGGAGAAGCUGAAGCUGAUCCUGUCCGCUGCUGAAUCGGAGAAAUGGAUACGCAUGGAGUAUGUCGACGACGAGGACCAGCGGGCCUACGACAAAUUCGAGGAGGCGUUGAAAAUUGCCGACGUCGAUAACGUGCCGCAUCUGAAGAGUCAAAUGGAUAACGAUGCUUUCCUCGAUGCCAUUAGCCUUCCGAGAGACGGGAGCCCGACACGAAGACGAAAGAGGGCACCGCGACGGAAGCAGGACCAGGAGCACAUUGACAUUUCGGAUGAGGACGCGGAUGAUGAGAUGGGCGGUGUUCCCGCUGGCUGACGCCGGUGUCAUUCGAAAUGAGCGAUGCUCUGAGUUGGAAGUUGCAAACUCGUCGCGCAGACGCCCAAGACUCGCGUGUUGUGGAAAUAACGAAGGGCACUCUCCGCACGUGGAAUCUGAUCUCCAUCUUUGGCGGCAUCCCACGGUAUCGCCGCCCGCCCUAUGCCGCUGCCUGAAACCCGCAAGGCGCAAGGCGAAAGUUUGUCGAGCAUCAACAUCUGUUUCAGCGUCAUCACGAGCUACGCGAUCUUCCCGCGCAAUGCGAUUCUGCCAAGCGAACACGAAGACACGCAACCCAAGGAUGAGGUCCAGGUGUAUGAUCGUGAUUCCCAACGCAUCGACGACACUCCUCCCCGCGACCGUUCGACGUGAUGGGAAUAGGGUCCAACGGCCGGGCGGCACAAGGCAGGACGAUGAUGAUGCUUGGGCAGUCGUACAGCAUGGCAAUGCUACGUGCACUGGCCCAUGACCCGAUACGAAGGAAAAGUACAUACAUCACAACCGGAACGAGGCGCGGCUUGCUAUAAUGAAGAUAGUAGUGUGACCUGCCAUUGCGUCGUGCAACAUGAAAGUAAUACGCCGCACGACUGCGAAUUCCAAGUUGCUGCCAGGACGAUCCGAUCUCGACGCCGUGGCAGUUGGCAGCAUCUUGGCCCGGAGGUCGGAUUGCGUAGGCCCCGCGCCAGGCGUUGUCUGCACCUGCUUGCAGCGAACACCACAGCAUCCUCAUCGUCAUCUCACCACAGCACCCUUCCGCCGCGCACCGAAACGC